CUAAGUUUCGCUGUUGCUACAAAGGCUAUAAUUUAUUUGGUUGAAAAUUUGAUUAACGGUCGAACUUUUUAAUGUUUGAAAAUGGAACUUCAUAAUCUAGAUAUUAGGACUUGGAAAGUGAAAAAUUAUGCAACCAUUGAUAGCAAAACAUCAUCAACGAGUGACGAUGUUUUAAUUAACAAAAAACUAUUAAAAACCACUUCGCGUAAAUCUACAAAAUUGGAUCAACCUCAGAGAAUCUCGUCGCAAGAAACAAUCAUUACAUCUACUUGUGAAUGUCUUUCUCCUCAUGAACUGAGUGACUUUUCAGAAUCUGAUGAAUCAAUCGGAACCACUUCAUGGGAACGGUCUAUUUCACAGGCAAGCCAGUGUCAAAAACUUGUGCGUAACAGGAGAACUGUUUGUGAGGAAAGCAUGAAUCCAAUAAUUUCAAAAUCUCCAGAGAAAAUCAAAGUUACACAAGAUGCUAUUUUAAUAUUCAGUCAACCUGUUAUGCCAUCAACACUUCCAGUAAAAUGGAAACCACCUGGUAACGCCUGGGGCGGAGGAAUUAAGUCGAAUGUAAAUUUGCCUUUAACAGGACUACGCUUAGGUUUAUCACGUAAUUGUGCAAGGAAGCCAUUACACCCAAAUUUCAAAAAAAAAAAAAUAGAAUAACAUUCUUCAAACACGCAACAAAAUAACUAAGUCAAUUUGUGUCAUUUUUAAUAAACACAAUACGGACAGCAAUACAGUGAUU